CUCAAACUUUGUCCUGCUCCACGCGCCGUGACUCGCCUGCUUGAUCAGAACAGCGGUCUUCCGUCACGCCACCUCAUUCGAUUGGUCAUAUUCCGUUACCCCAGCCGUUGAUUUUCGUUCCCUAAGGAUAUACAUAGUCCAUUUCCGAAUCUUCCACUGCUACACGUAUUGACUUCCAGGCAACACUGCAACGAUGCCCGCUCUCCUCACACCGUCCUUGAACAAUGCCCCAGACUCGAUAACUACUGGUCUCGAUUACGUUCGGCGAUCCGGCAUUCUCAUUGCCUCCGAUGGAGCGGAAUACAACCGAAUCGCUGAAUUCGAUCCUCUCGACGCGACCUCCAACCCUUCUCUCGUUCUCGCUGCGGUCAGCAAACCUGAAUAUGCGCAUCUCAUUGACGAAGCUGUGGAUUACUCGGUCAAGAAAGGCGGAGACCUGAACGAGGAAGAGAGGACUACGCUGGCAUUGCUCAAACUGCUCGUCCUUGUAGGCGUGCAGAUAUUGUCUAUCAUCCCAGGCCGCGUCUCCGCUUCCGUCGACCCACGAACGGGCUACUCGAUCCCCGCCAUCCUCUCCCAAGCCCGCACCAUCAUCUCCCUCUUCGAGGAGAACUCCAUCCCCCGCUCUCGGAUCCUCGUCAAAAUCCCCGGAACGCCAGAAGGCAUCUCGGCUGCUCAUACCCUCGAACACCCAACGGACGGCUCAGAACCGAUAUACACCAAUAUCACACUCAUCUUUGGCCGUGCUCAGGCUCUCGCGUGUGCCCAGGCGGGCCUCAGCGUGAUCUCUCCUUUCGUCGGUCGAGUGAAGGACUGGUGGGAUGCACAGGGCUUCUCUCUGACCGAACGCGACCCUCACCCGGGUAUGGCGCUCGUUUCUUCGAUCCAACGCGCCUAUGCAAGGUAUGGGUACAAGGGGAAGACGGAGGUGAUGGCAGCUGGGUUCAGGAAGCCUGAAGAAGUGUUGGCGAUGGCGGCUGGUUUGGGACGACCGGACGAGGCGUUUGAGGUGGUACCCGAUUCGAUGAAGGGCUGGAAGCGGGGGACUUUCCUGGCUGCGGACCUCGUCACUAUCCCUCCGGAGCUGCUCGCUGGAUUGAGGUCGUGGACCUUCCCUGCCAAAUCCCCGACGGUGCCGAAGAUGCGAUCACAAGAAACGGAGGUCGAUGAAGAUACGGAACCCAUAUAUUUCGAGGCGCGCCUGGGAUCGACGACCAGCCUUUACGAGAGCACGUUGAAGAACAGCAAAACCGAGAGGAUUGUCUUGGACAAAGUUUCUGAGGGACUGGAAAAGUUCAGUGCGGACGCGGUCAAGUUGGAGGAUAUCGUGCGAGACAAGGUCCUAGCUGCUCUGCGAAGAUAA